GCUGACUGGCGCUCACCAACUCUUCCUCAUCCACAUCUCACCAUGCGUUCGUUAUCCCUCCUCAGACCAGGAAUCGCACCCCUCCUCGCCCGCCCCAUCGCCCCCAUCGCCCCCCUCGCAGUCCGCCACAUCUCCACAUCCCCUAUCGCCCGCCUGGCCACCCCCUCCAACUACACCGGCCCGACCCACGUUCCCGCAGGACAGCCCAAAUCCCCCAACCCCCUCGAGACCGGCACCGCCGAUGCCGUCUCUGCCUCCCCCUACCCCGACUACUCGAAGGGACCAUCAGCGCUCGACAAGGCGAGUCAGCUGUUGUUCUUGACCGAGAUUGUCAGGGGUAUGUGGAUCGUGUUGGAGCAGUUCUUCAGACCGCCCUACACUAUCAUGUACCCGUUCGAAAAGGGGCCUUUGAGUGCACGAUUCAGGGGCGAACACGCGCUGAGACGGUACCCUAAUGGUGAAGAGAGGUGUAUUGCGUGCAAGCUGUGUGAAGCCAUUUGCCCUGCUCAGGCUAUCACUAUCGAAUCUGAGGCUCGUGAGGAUGGAUCUAGGAGGACUACUCGAUACGACAUUGACAUGACAAAGUGCAUCUACUGUGGUUUCUGCCAAGAAGCUUGCCCUGUCGACGCCAUCGUCGAGACUCAGAACCAAGAGUUCUCUACCGAGACCCGAGAAGAAUUGUUGUACAACAAGGAGAAACUUUUGAUGAACGGUGACCGAGCUGAGCCUGAGAUCCAGGCCAACUUGCAAUCUGAACACUUCUACCGAUAGAUUAAUCAAACAUACCCUGCAUCAGCAAAAUGUUUAUGUAGCCCGUCACGACCCGAUGGAGCACGCCAGAGAGGGAACGAUGCGCAUGUGGUGGAGAUUUGUACAUGCAGACACCAUGGAUUUCACGCCCAACCC